UCAUUAUUAAACAAUAAUAUAUAAUGGAGGUUUUUAUGCUCGUCACGGAAGACGUGCUGGCGUUUGAACCACUCUCUUCUGCUGUGAAUGUCUGCGAUCUGUACAUAGGCGAAAAGGCGAUAUUCCAGGAAACACUGGAGAAUCUUUACGAGAGUGGUAUUAAUCAUGUCACUUUGGUAACAACUAAGCACAAGGUUGCUACUCUUGAUCAAUAUAAAAAGAGGUAUACAUUUGGCAAAAGGCAGGGACACAUUGAUAUCAAUGUGCUGGGUAUCAAUGUAGACAAAAUCUUGCCAGGUAACGUAUUGAGGGAGCUCAUAGUGGUCAGAGAUGGUUUGGAAGAGUUUAUUUUGAUGUACUGGGUUUGUCUUCUCACGAUUCCACUGUCUGAAGCCAUUGAGUUACAUCAUACUAGGAAAGCUGAACGCCUUAACUACUCCAUGAGCGUGUUAUACUUUGAGGAUGGGAAAAAUAGACUGUUCAGCAAAGCUACAGACGAUUGCAUUGUGCUAGUCGACAGAAAAUCAGAGAUCGUGGCAUAUCGCCCUAGGGCCAAUUCAUUAAGAUUAGACAUUAAUUUGAUACAAAAGUUAAAGGGUGACUCGACGAUGUUUUCUAGAUACGACCUUUGUGAAACGGGGAUAUACAUUUGCAGAAAACAGGUUGCUGAACACUUUACCAACUGGUAUGAGCAUGUACAUAUGGAAGAUUACAUAAAAGACUGCCUUACUAGGGAAUUCAAAAGUGAUGAAGUGUAUAUAACAGUGAUGCAAUCUGACCUUAUGUUCCCCAGUUAUCCUCCAGCUCUGAGAAUACAGACACCUAAGGACUAUUACACUCUCUAUAUGGAGUACAUCAGGCGUUUCAAUACCGAUGCAAAGCCAUCGGUAAAAGUUUAUAAUACACAUGAAUCCCACUGUGGACCAAUUGUACAUGAUAAAUCCUUGUUUUGCAAUGGAAGCGGAAUAGUGCCUCCACUUGCUGCAGACCAAGCCAUGCUGUCGUCAGUACACAACAGUAUCGUAGGGAAGGGGUUCAAGAUAGGCCACAACAGCACAGUUGACCGUUGCAUUAUUUUUGACGAAGUCACUAUAGGUUCCAAUUGCGCAGUAAGGGACUCUAUCAUCAUGAACAACGUUACCAUCGAUGAUUCAGUUGUGAUUCCACCGGGAUCCAUCGUAUGUUCCGGUGUUAAUAUAACUAACAAAUCGCUUUCUGGGUUGGAUGGCACGCUUCGGAUAUCGAGGAUGCAAUCCAGGUACAUUGACCUCACCAAUGACAAUGCCGUGGAAUGCACCGAUCCAGGCAACUACAUAUGGCCCAUAUCAGCGUUUGGGAACGUAGAAGACACUAUCAUUGGAAAGUCCUUUUACGACAUCGUAAAGUUCGGUAUCCCAUCGGGACCCACAGAUUCCGGAAGUGAUGAUGAAGAUUCGGACUUCGAUCAAGCGGAUGAUGACGAAUCCUAUGCUUCAUCUGAGAGUGACGACGUAUCGGAGAUUUCAGAGCCAUCGGGUGAUUUGAGCGAUCAUGAUAUGGACCCAGACAUCGCCACUGAAUUGCAAUCCCUGGUGCUUGACUGCCUAAAGGCACCAACACAGCUCUCCAAUAAGGUGCUGGAAAUAAAAAGCUUGAAGAUUAGCCACAACCUUCAAAAGGACCAAAUGGUGAAGGUAGCAUUCAGAGAUGCGUUGGAAUGGAUCGUCGACCAGUCCAAUGAAGCUGACCUUCGGGAACUGAUGGAAACAUCGCGAUUAAAGGAGCUAUUGGACUCAUUUGAACACCAAAUUGCUGAGGAAGAGUACUACAAAGGAAUCCUAGAAGUGUGUGAACAGAAGAAUAAGGAUUUGGACUUCUUCUCGCAUUUGUGCGAGGCACUUUACCACUCAGACACCAUGGAGUUCGAGAUGUUGCGUGACUGGCUCACUAGAAAUAACAUUUCUGGAGAGCGAAUCAACUCAUUUGCUGAUUGGUUAGCAGAAGACUAAUUUUAAUAUUACCAACCACUGU